UUUGAACAUGAAAAUAUAAUUUUCAUUUUUUAUGAGUAAAAUUUUAGUAAAUACACCAUCAUCAAAUUUGAACUUCUAAAAUAUACAAAUUGAAAUUUUAUCGAAUAUCCAACAAAUGCUAGAGGAACAAAAAAUAAAAAAGGAUGAAAAGGACAGAAUUUGAAAAGUAAAAAAAAGCAAAAAAAGGUUGCGUGGUUUCAACGCCAAGGGCAAAACAGUAAUAUAGAAUUAAAAAAAAAAAAAACAAAAAGUGAAGAGUAUAAAUUAACGUAUAGCCAAUAAAAUCGAUAAGUCGUAUAAUCUUCCUUCCUUUUGGUUUAGGCGAUAAAUAUAACAGCAGCAGAAAAGACGAAGGCAGAGAAAAGUAGAGGAAAAAUGUCUCAAGCAGGGGAGGAAGAUAAGAAGCCCGGCGGCGCCGAUCAAGUUCACAUCAAUCUCAAAGUCAAAGGACAGGAUGGGAAUGAAGUAUUCUUUAGAAUCAAGAGAAGCACCCAGCUAAAGAAACUCAUGAAUGCAUAUUGUGACCGGCAGUCUGUGGAUUUUAAUUCAAUUGCAUUCUUGUUUGAUGGUCGUCGUCUUCGAGGAGAGCAGACUCCAGAUGAGCUGGAGAUGGAGGAUGGUGAUGAAAUUGAUGCAAUGUUGCACCAAACUGGAGGCUCAGCUGUUUGAGGCAUCUCUCUUGUUUAUGGACAUAGACUCUGUUUUCUAGGUAGUAGAUGUUAAUGAAUGUAGCUUGUGCUACUCUUAGGACCCUGUAGAAGCAUAUAUGAACUUCGUGGUUUUGCUUAUGUUUGACCAGCUUGUAUGAACUUAACUACUAGUACUUGCUACUUAACUACUAUUACUUACUGUUGCAAGAGCAUCAGUUGCUUCUUGCCGUGAAAUUGCAGUGUUGCUUGUUCUA